CGCGUAAGGAAAAUGCUUUGGACGCUUUUCGACCCUUUAGUGCGGUAAAGCCCUUAAGCUACCUUGACUAGAGCGGAAGCAGGAUCGAAUCACUUUCUUCAGCUCGUUUUUCAGGAACAAGACAUCAGUAGGAACACAUCACACAAACAGAGACAUCAUGGCCUCCUCAUCAGCAACAGGAUCAAAUGCACCGUCAGGAAAGCCAGCAGGGUUUAUGUCCGAGUACAUGUCAGGGCUCAGUCAGUCGCAGGAUCUGAACUCGUUCCUCCAAAAGAACCAGCCUGCCUAUGAUCCCAAUAGUCAUAGCCAGAACACAUCUUCCUUCUCUUCAGAGGGCGCUGCGGCAACGCCAUCAACAGGAACAACGCAUACAUCCGCCUCACCCAAAGAUACCAACACAAGUCAGGGCUCUUCUUCUACACCUUCGGAGGAAUCAACAGCACAGAAAGCGUUCAGUCCCAAGAGCCCUAUUGGAUCUCAUCCUAUGCCCAAUGCGCAUGCGAUUCAUCAGAAGCACGCGAUCCAGAACGCAGCAUUGGAUAACUGUGCAGAUAUAAAUAUGGAGUUGACAGACUGUUUGUUGGGCAGAUCGGGGACGUGGUGGGACCGCGCGAGUAUGUGCAUGAAGGCCAAGGAACAAUUGCAAAAGUGUUUACGGCUGAACAAGCAACUGCUACAGGAGAGAGGAUUCGCGGAUGAAGGAAACACGCUAGAGCAAGAUCGGGCGAUUUUGGAUUAUGCAGACGACCAUGCACAAAGAGCCAUGAAAGAGGAUAGCGAGGCUUGAUCUGUUAGAUGAAUUGGUGUAGUCAUCAAUAAUAAAUAAUAAAAAGUGGUUCUCUAUUUAUCAGA